AUGGGAUCCAAAUUGAGUAUAGACAAGCAUGUUUCAAAUUUGGAGGACAUUUUAGAACUCAAUACGAAAUUAUUGGAGAAGAUUAAAUUCGAUAGUAACAUUCCUGAAAGUAUAACCUAACACUUAAAAAUUUGGAAAUUUUAAGAGGACAAGCACCCCUUAAAGAAAGUUAAAUCUGAACCAAUUAAUUUAAGCACCAUCUAAACUAGCGGUUUUAAUUUUCUGUCAACUGAAUGCUAUCUUGUAUUGUUGGUGUACAAAAAGGCCUAAGAAGAGUACAAUCAAUUCACUAACUUCCCUCAUCAAAUGUGGGGCGUCGUUGAAUCUUACUCCAACCUAACUCCCAGAGGAUUGGAGGAACCAGUAGCAGCAUCAGAAAGCCAUCUAGAAUCCUUUUUGCUCCCUCAAAGAUAGUAAAACCCCUCAACGUCAAAUAUUUACGAGUAUAUGAUUUUUGUAUGGAAUGGCAAAGCAGCCAAUCCCUUAAUUAAAGCAUCAGCCUUAUCCAAUGCUUUUGAAUUAGAAAACUUGUUAAAUAGAGGAAGAGAUCCCUUACUUGAAAUACUCUUUAGUGGUGGCAUAAUUAAAAAUAAAAAGUUGUCUAAAGGAUCAAUUUUGACAUUACAAAGCAGUGCCUAAACAUCCUCUACUACUAAUAUCGAAACUGAAAAUUAAGUAAGAGAAACUGUGUAUUUGUUUAAUUUUCUGUUUCCAGUCCCUGAAAAGAGGAAGGAGUUCUCUAAAUUGGCAGAUUUUCUAGCUAAAAAAUAAAAUACAUAGGCAUACGCAUCAUAAUUUAUUCAUGUUGAUUUAAAUGAUGAACAAAUUUAAAAUUCUAACAACAACAAAGUUAUUCAAAAACCUAAAUUGAAUCUCAGAGAAUCUUUGACUAGUAGAGAUGCCUAACCAAGAGAUGCAUUCAAAGAAUUAGCCUUACCAAGAAGAAACUCAAAUGAAAUUAACAACAAAAUACAUGAGAUCUCCAAUGAAGGGUCUCCAUCAAUUUCAAAGGAAAGUUCAAAACCAAUUUCUAGUCGUUCUAGAGAAAACAAUAGAUAUGAAGAUACUAGCCCAUAACAAUAACCAAUAGCAAACAAUAAUACAUUUUAAUUUAAUUUACCUGCAUAAAUAAAAAGCAAAGUUCCUGCAAUAAACAUUCCUAAACUAGAUUUAAAUUGCAAGACUCAUUCUCAAGAAGUCAGUAUAGGAGUUCCAUUAGUAGAGGGAGUUGAGUGCAAUGACAAUGAAAAAAUAAAACCUAUGAAAUUGCCAUUAGCAAGUCUGAAAUUAUAACGAGAUGAUACCACAUAUUAAGAUAUUGAAGAAGAGGAUUCAAAUGGAUUCAAUUUCGAUAUCAGAGAUACAGAUAGGAAAAAAUUAAAAAUUUAACAUUUUGCAGAACAAUGCUCAUCUGUAAUUCCUAAUUUUCUUUAUGUUGGAGGGGAACAAAUUGCUUACAAUAAAGAGGUAUUGAAAUAAAUUGGAGUCACUCAUGUAGUCAAUUGUGCUGGAGAUGUAUGUAAAAAUAAGUAUCCUGAUGAUUUCUUUUAUCAAACUUAUUAUCUGAAGGAUUCAAAGACAGAAAAUAUAGAAUGCUUAUUUUAUGAAGUUAUUUCCAUCAUUGAAAAUGCGAAAAAAAAUAAUGGAAAAGUGUUGAUUCAUUGUGUUUAGGGAGUAUCAAGAUCUGUAUCCCUGUGUAUAGCUUAUUUAAUCAUUUCCUAAUAAAUUACUUAUUCUCAAGCAUUCGAUAUUAUUAAGAAAAAUAGAGGAGUAGCAUCGCCUAAUAUGGGAUUUACAGUUUAAUUGUUGCUAUUUCAAAAGAGAUUACAAGCCUCAUAUGAUAGUAUACCUAUUGCUCCAAGAGUAUUCGCAGUUGGCAGAGGAGUUAGUGGACCAUAAAGUAUUGCAUGCAGAAUGCUUAUGGAUUAAUUGUAUUCUGGCAAGGUGUUGAGAACAUUUGAUAGUCGAGGAGUCUUUUUAGUGCUUUCAGAACAUGAUUUGUAUUUGUGGAUUGGACCUGAAUGUAAUAAGACAGAAAAAUUCAUCCAAUAUGCCCUUGAUUAUACUAAAUUUUUGAAGCAAUUUGAAAAGGCCCCCAAUAUACAACCCAUAUUGAUGGAAGCUGAAAAUGAAUCUGAAAUGUUUUGGGGUUUAUGGGGAAUAGUUGGUAAACCUGGGGUGAUUUGCUAAAAAAUAAGAGAAUGGGAUCAAUGGUAUGAAGAAGUUGAUGAGAAUGAAUUUAAUAAAGAAAAAGAAUCCAAUAUUUAAUUAUAUAGUUCAGACAGGGUCGAGGAGGUUCAUGUUGAAAAGAAGGCAUUUUACAUUUAUCCAAAUUCAGAUGAUUAUCUAUUGAUGUUCGAUUUAGAGGAUCUGGAUCAAUCUCAGUUAUGCAUCUUAAUAAAAGAAAUUAAUAAAUAAGUCUUGCAGGUUUAUGUGUGGAGAGGAUAAGAGUGGGUAGGAAAUGAUGAUGAUGAGUAAUAUUUUGUACAUGAAAUUAUAAGCAAAAAUUAUCAAUAUAUAAGCGAAAGAAAUAUUUAUGUAUUCUAGGAGGAACCUAAUGAAGAAAGUGAUGUAUUUCUUGACUGCUUUUCAUGA